AUGUAUGAUAUACAUUAUAGAUAUCCAGUUGUUGAAGUAUUACCUUUUCAUUGUGAAGAUGGUCAGAGUAUUGUGUAUAACGAUCAUGAUAAUUUGUGUGAUAUUGUUACUGAUCCAACUGUGAAAAUGACAAUGUUUACAGAGUGGAUGAAUUGUAAUAAAGUCGAUGAAUUUGCCAGGACAUUGAGAAACAAUAAUGUUCUGGAUAUGGAGGGUGAUACACAUAGUAAUGAUUCUUCUCAUUAUGUCUUCGCAAAAGAGUGGAUAAUCUCAAGAAUUAACUGUAUUUGUAAAGGGAUUAGGAGAACCCUUGAAGAGCACUCUUGGCAAUGCGAAGAGAUUUCAAGGACGUCUAUUAUUUUGAAUUUGGUGGUUCUAAAGGAUAUAAAAACAGUUGAUGGGCAGGUUUUUCAAACAUUUAAAGAUGCAUGUUUUGCAUGGGGGCUAUUGGAUGAUGAUAAAGAAUAUGUUAAUGAUGUCAAAGAAGCUAGCACAUGGUUAACCGGAGAUUUCUUGAGGACCUUUUUUGUAAUGUUGUUGCUGUCAAAUUCGAUAUCUCGUCCUGGUGUUUUUUGGUCGGAAACGAAGUCCCUAUUAUGUGAAGACAUUCUGUAUCAGCAACGAAAGAUAACUGGUAUUGCAGAUUUGAAUCUUCAACAAGAAGAACUUGAAAAUAUCUGUCUAUCUGAAAUUGAAAAGUUGCUACUUACCAAUGGAAGUACAGUGAUAAAUUUUGAUGAUAUUCCAAGUGUUCUGGACAAUUAUGUUUCAUCAUCGAACAAUCGAUUGAUAAUGAAAGAAUUAUCGUAUGACAGACUAGCUCUUCAAAGGGAACAUGAUCGUUAUGUAAAGUAUUUAACUACCGAACAUGAAAGGAUAUAUAAAAUUGUUAUGGAAGCGAUUGAAAAAGGUGAUGGAGGUGUGUUUUUUGUAUAUGGUUAUGGUGGAACUGGAAAGACGUUUCUUUGGAAGACAUUCUCAGCUGCAUUACGAUCAAAAGGUGAGGUUGUAUUGAAUGUUGCAUCCAGUGGAAUUGCUUCACUUUUGCUGGAUGGUGGUAGAACUGCUCAUUUAAGGUUUGAUGAAGCACCUAUGACUCACAAGCAUUGUUUCGAGGCUCUUGAUAGAACAAUGAGAGACAUAUCACGUUCAAGUCAACCGAACAUGCAAUCGAAGCCGUUUGGGGGAAAGCGGCACUGUCAAGUACUAAAGCUAACUGAGAAUAUGAGAUUAAGAGUUGGUUGUCAAGAAGCAGAUUUGAAAGAAAUAAAGGAAUUUGGAGAAUGGAUUUUAAAGCUUGGUGAUGGUCUGCUUGGUGAAAAAAAUGACGGUGAGAUUGAUAUUGAAAUACCAGAUGAUUUACUUAUUCAUGACCAAGUCAAUCCUAUUUUUUCUCUCAUUUCAUUUAUAUAUCCGGACAUGAAUAAGUUUUUGUGGGAUUUAACGUAUUUCCAAAAAAGAGCGAUUCUUGCUCCAACUAAUGAAGUAGUGGAUUCAAUAAAUAAAGAGUUGUUAGAGAGUCUGCCUGGUGAAGAAAAGGUUUAUUUUAGUUCAGAUAGUUUAUGCCAAUUGGAGGAAGAAUCAGAGCUUAAUAUGGCAUUGUUUCCUCCUGAUGUGUUAAACAAUCUUCGUUUAUCUGGUUUACCUAACCAUAAAUUAGUACUGAAACAUGGUGCUCCGGUGAUGUUACUCAGAAACAUUGCUCAGGCAAAUGGAUUGUGUAAAGGUACACGUUUACAAAUCACGAAGCUCGGAAAAGUUGUGAUUGAAGCAAAAAUUAUCACAUGGACUAAUAUAGGUCAUCAUACUUUGAUUUCAAGACUGAAGAUGACACCUUCAGAUAAAAGAAUACCAGUGAAGAUUUCUCGAAGACAAUUCCCACUUUCACUGUGUUUUGCUAUGACAAUAAAUAAAAGUCAAGGACAAUCAUUGGAGCGUGUUGGUUUAUAUCUUCCACGUCCAGUGUUUAGUCAUGGCAAGCUCUAUGUUGCUGUAUCUAGAGUAAAAAGUAGGAAGGGGUUGAAAAUUUUGAUUUGUGAUAAAGAGAAACGAGUUUGUACAACCACUACUAAUGUGGUUUACAAAGAAGUUUUACAAAAUCUAUGA